GAUGAUCUGUGGACCUUUGAGAAGCAAGUUUGUGGUUCAGUUGCACCCCAGUGAUACAAGGACAGACCUGCUGAUCCAUUUACACUGAUCUGGGUUUUCAAACUGGACUUCUGGAUGUAAGUGUUUGCGAGGGGCUGAGAUGUCAUUUAGACAAACAGAGGGGAUGUCCAUCAUGCAGGCCUUGGCCAUGACGGUGGCUGAGAUCCCGGUGUUCCUGUACUCCACCUUUGGCCAGUCGGUUUUCACCCAGCUGCGGCUGACCCCUGGCCUCAAGAAGGUGCUGUUCGCCACGGCGCUUGGCACCGUAGCCUUGGCCCUCACCGCACAUCAACUGAAACGGCGUAGCAGGAAGAGGAAACAGUUAGCUGACAAAUCAGCACCCAAGACAGUAGGCAUGCCUGAGCAACUUCUGCGCACUGCAAGACCCGCAUCACUAAGGAGAGGUCCAUAUCCAGGCCGCCAGAUGAUUAGCCCAAGCACCCGCAGUAACGACACAAUGAGUGGAAUCUCAUCCCUUGCUGCCAGCAAACACUCAAGCUCCUCACACGCUUCAGCGCGACACCCGACCUCUCCCAACCAAUCAGCCACUGUGGCCACGCCGUGGGAGGCGGAGCCUGUAGCGGAGGAACCCGGAGCAAUCGAAAAUGCAAAUGCUGAGAACUUGUAUCUCAUGGGAAUGGAGCUGUUUGAAGAAGCGCUGCAGAAGUGGGAGCAGGCGCUGGACAUCAGACACCAAACCCCGUCAACCUCAUCCGCCACUAACAGCCUCGCUCGGCCUGGGAUUGCUCUCACGCCAGAAGCUCGUAAUCGAAAGUUCGCAGAAAAGCUGGAAUCCCUUUUGCACCGUGCUUACCACCUGCAGGAAGACUUUGGCACCACGAUACCUGCAGACAGCCUGCUUGCCGACUUUGAGAGCGAAGGCACGCUUAUUCUGCCCACCGUGGGAAGCUCCCAUCAGCUACAGGACGAUGAUGCCACCACCAUCGCAUCCGACGAUUCUUUCUUCUCUGCGGCAGAGCUAUUUGAUGCAUUAUCUCCUGAUGAGGUGUAUCAGUCGUUGAAGCCUGCAGCUCUGUAUGAAGAGGCACUGAGUUUAGUAAAAGAAGGGAAAGUGGACUGCAGAUCACUCAGGACGGAACUGCUGGAGUGUUACAGUGAUCAGGACUUUCUGGCCAAGCUUCACUGUGUCCGACAGGCUUUUUAUGUGUUGCUGUUGGAUGAGACUCACAGGACCUUUUUCAUGGAGACAGGGAAGAUGAUGAUCACUGGACUCAUGAUUAAAGCCAACAAGAGUCCAAAGGCAUUUCUGGAGAGUUAUCAGGAUAUGCUGCUGUACACUCAACGAGAAGAGACGUGGCCGACCACCAAGAUGGAACUUGAAGGACGAGGGGUGGUAUGUUUAAACUUCUUCGACAUUGUGUUGGACUUCAUCCUGAUGGAUGCCUUUGAGGACCUGGAGAAUCCUCCCACCUCUGUUGUUGCUGUCUUGCGCAAUCGAUGGCUUUCGGACAGCUUUAAAGAAACGGCUUUAGCUACAGCGUGUUGGUCAGUGCUGAAAGCCAAAAGGAGGUUACUGAUGGUUCCAGAUGGGUUCAUAUCUCAUUUCUACGCCAUCUCGGAGCACGUGAGUCCAGUUCUGGCAUUCGGCUUCCUGGGUCCCAGGCAGCACCUGAGCGAAGUGUGCACUAUAUUUAAGCAACAAAUUGUACAGUACCUGAAGGACAUGUUUGACCACGACAAAGUGCGCUUCACGUCCGCUCAGUCAUUGGCCGACGACAUUCUGAGUCUGUCUCACAGGCGUUCCGACAUUCUGCUGGGCUACCUCGGCAUCGACGGCCAACCCGAGGCUAACGGAGCGCUCCCCGCCGGCACGGAGCCGCAGGACGGUUGAUUCCUUAAAAAGAAGUUCUACAAUCACCUACUAGCUUGAAAAAAGAAAUGAGACUAAAUGCAGUGUCAAUGAUACACCUGAAACCCCAGAUCAAGAGCCGUCUUUGGAAGUAUCUUUAUACUCAUCGAGUUCAUCGUUCAUCUUUUUUUCCAGUAAGGGGACGAUUUCAAGAUGUUUGAACUGUGUCUGGCAGACUAUCAGUGGCACCCUGGCUUCCAACAAGCCUCAAGAUGUACACUAUACAAGAGCAUCUGCAUUAGAAGACAUAAUGCAGUUGAGCUCUCGUGAGAUGGAAAGUCGUUUUAAUUGGGCGGGGAAGAUGUUCAACAGGACUAAAGAUCCCGGAGAUCUCGAUCUAGUACCAGCUCUACUGAUCAAGUUUAGGAACAUUUUGGCUGGGAUUGAUAGUUGAAAUUCUUUCAUUCCCACCCAAGAUGUUCUCAGUAUCUCUGUAAAGCGACAGACAGACGUAUACAACCUUGGUUUGACUUUCAGCAUCAGGUCUCCAUGUAGAUUUAAAUCGUUGGCGCAGUGGGAUAUUCCGCUAGUGCAUUAGUUUGAAUCUCAGCUCCGCUACCGGUCACCUGGGUCCACUCUAUUAGACACUCCUACCUAGUUGGUCCACCUUGUAGAUGUAAAGUCAGAGACGAUCGCUCAUCUAUUGCUGCUGUUUGAGUUGGUCAUCUUCUAGAACUUCAUCAGCGGUCACAGAACGCUGCCCAUGGGGCGCUGUUGGCUGGAUAUUUUUAUCCACUCAUACCAGCACAACACACACUAACACACCACCACCAUGUCAGUGUCAGUGCAGUGCUGAGAAUGAUCCACCACCUAAAUAAUACCUGCUCUGACUGUAGUGGUCCUGUGGGGGUCCUGACCAUUAAAGAACAGGGUGAAAGCAAGCUAAAAGUGGGUAUUAUGGGUAUUAAGAAAUAUCGUUAUCGGUUUGGCGCAGUGGGGUAUUCCGCUAGUGCACUAGUUUGAAUCUGAGCUCCGCUACCGGACAGCUGGGCGCCCCUGAGCGGGCACAAUUGUCAGACAAUUGGCCACCGGUCUGCUGGGUUGUAAAGGCCGGAAUAAUAAGCGUCUUCAGACGCUGUGCAAGGAGGCACGUGUACAGAAGUGGAGGAGCAUGGCUCUCCAUGCGCGAUAUCCGACCUCAUUUGCAAAUCCACUAAAGUAUGGGGGAAUAAGAAGGGGUUGGAGGACUGCACAUGUGACAAAGAGGGCAUGAGGCAGGCGAAUAUACCCUCCUCGGAUCCGAUCGGGAUCCCCAGCAAAUUUGGGAGAAAAUGCAUAAAUAAAAUAAAAACAAUAGUGUCGAUCAUAGAGUCACAUUUCAAAGACGGAAGUCCCUGAGGAUUUUUUUGGUAACCAGUCUGAACUUGAACCUGAACCUUGAAACCUUAUUUAACUCAAUUAAGGAUCAAGGAUCCCAAAAUCUCAUGUAGCCCUGGUUGUAUUGCCUAGCCACACCUAUAUACACUCAUUCCAGAGCUUCAUGCUGAAUCUGACAUACUAGUUGUGUGUAUUAAGUAUAAACGAUACCUUAAGUUAGUGUGUCAGUAGUUUCUCAGAGCUAGCUGUAUUCUUCUCUCAUUGGGGAAAGCGUUUAGAGCGUACGCAGUACGCCCUGUGCUGGCGUAAAAGACGGUUGGUGCAAGCCACAGGUUUUGAACAAGACCAGAGGGUGACCAAACUGUCGCAUGAAGGGAAAUUAUAAUCAGUGUAUAUGUUGAUAAUUCAUGUUCUGUGUGUUUCUGUCCUGUAAUCUUCUUUGCUGUUUGCACUUUGAUGUAUCGAAAAAGACACUAAUGAGAGAUAUGUUCGGACUCGGUUCGGAUUUUAUGAAGAAAGUAACUAGUCAGGUGGUAUCCAGUGUUAAACAGUGCUUUUAUUUAUAUAUAUUUUGAUUACCUACUUAAAAGUGUGCAGGGAUUCGCAAAUGGAAGUUGAUGUAGGUGUUAAAUGCCAAAAAUAUAAAUGACCACAGCUUACAUGUCAAUGAUAAAUGAUUGGAUGGAUUGUGUUUAGUUAUUUUAUACCUAAAGUCAAACAGUGAUGUAUACAUGGUGUAUUUUGUGCCUCUGUUUACCUGUUUUAAUUCCUUUUGUUAUUACAUACUGUGCUUAAUGCAAAAGCUACAACCGGUGUUACUGCAUGUACAAUAUACACCGAUCAGCCAUAACAUUAAAACCACCUCCUGUCCAUGUUAUCAGCUCCACUUACCAUAUAGGAGCAC